GCCGCCGAGAGGAGGGAGCAAGGGCGGGAGGAGACACAUGCGCGCUGCCUGCCGCCGCCGCCGCCGCCGCCGCAGUGCUUAGCUUCCCGGGGACAGGAAACCUUCGAGACCGAGCCGCCACUGCCGCCUCCCCGACUGCCCCCCAUUCCGCGCGCCUGCCACACCCUCCUCCCCUUCUUCCAGUAUUUUCCGGUGGGGCACUGCAGGGACUCGGCCCGCGCGGCAGUCUCCCCCUCCCGGGGGAAAGCUGUGACCCCCCCCGCAGGAGCGGCGGGGCGGGGUGGGGGGGCCCGGGAGAAGAUGGCGACGCCGGGAAGCGAACCCCAACCUUUCGUCCCUGCCCUCUCGGUGGCUACUCUGCACCCACAUCAUCAUCCGCACCACCACCACCAUCAGCACCACGGAGGAACCGGAGCCGGCAGCGGGGUCGGGGGAGGCGGCGGCGGCGGCGGCGGUGGCGGCGGCGGGGGCUUCAACCUGCCCUUGAACCGGGGGCUGGAGCGCGCGCUAGAGGAAGCGGCCAAUUCCGGGGGGUUGAACCUCAGCGCCAGGAAACUGAAGGAAUUUCCCAGGACCGCGGCCCCCGGGCACGACCUCUCGGACACGGUGCAGGCAGAUUUAUCUAAAAACAGACUGGUCGAAGUCCCAAUGGAAUUGUGCCAUUUCGUAUCACUGGAAAUUCUUAAUCUGUAUCAUAAUUGCAUCAGAGUCAUUCCCGAGGCCAUCAUUAAUCUGCAGAUGCUGACCUACUUAAACUUGAGUCGAAAUCAGCUGUCUGCCCUGCCUGCCUGCCUGUGUGGUCUGCCUCUGAAAGUCUUAAUCGCAAGUAACAACAAACUUGGAGCGCUGCCUGAAGAGAUAGGUCAGCUCAAACAGUUGAUGGAGUUGGAUGUCAGCUGCAACGAGAUCACGGCCUUGCCCCAGCAGAUAGGUCAGUUGAAAUCUCUACGGGAACUGAAUGUCAGAAGAAAUUACCUUAAAGUUUUACCACAAGAACUAGUAGAUCUUCCCUUGGUAAAGUUUGACUUUUCCUGCAAUAAAGUGCUCGUGAUUCCCAUUUGUUUUAGAGAGAUGAAACAGCUGCAAGUGUUACUGCUUGAGAACAACCCUUUGCAGUCUCCUCCAGCGCAGAUUUGCACAAAGGGCAAAGUGCACAUAUUCAAGUAUCUGAGUAUACAAGCAUGUCAGAUUAAGACAACCGAUUCCCUUUAUCUCCACACGAUGGAGAGGCCACAUUUACACCAGCACGUGGAAGACAGCAAGAAGGAUUCAGAUUCGGGUGUUGGAAGUGAUAAUGGAGAUAAGCGUUUAUCUGCCACAGAGCCUUCUGAUGAAGACACUGUUAGCCUCAAUGUGCCAAUGUCAAAUAUCAUGGAAGAAGAACAGAUCAUCAAGGAGGACUCAUGCCAUCGCCUUAGCCCCGUUAAAGGGGACUUUCAUCAGGAAUUUCAACCAGAGCCUUCCCUUUUGGGUGACAAUGACAACUCAGGAGAAGAAAGAGACCAAUUUACUGAUGGAAAAGAUGUUCUCCAUUCAGAAUUUAUAACCUAUAUUAAGGAUAGGGCUGAGGACUGUGAAGAACUGCUACGGAUAGAAGAGGACACGCACUGGCAGUCUGAGGGAAUAGUAAAUUCGUCCAAAGACCAGGACAUGAAUAUAGCAAUGAUUGAACAACUGAGAGAAGCAGUAGAUUUGCUGCAAGAUCCCAACAGAUUAAGCACCAAUAUUACAGAGAGAAAUGUUGUAAACUUUUAUCCUAUGGAAUCAGCAGAAGCCUUAGACUUACAAGAUUCUGCACUAAAUGGUCAAAUACAGCUGGAGACCUCUCCGGUGUGUGAGGUGCAAAAUGAUCUCACUUUACAGAGCAAUGGGAGCGAGUAUUCUCCAAAUGAGAUGAGAGCGAACUCGCCUGCCAUCUCUCCCACCACCAACAGCACCGCUCCGUUUGGCCUGAAGCCUCGAUCAGACCCAGCCCUCACUCUUCCUCCUAUCUCCUUCAACAAACUUACACAGGCACAAACAUGGGACAGCUCUAGCUACAGUGUUCCAUCUGAAGGAGACAGUGACAAUGUGUUUCUAAGACCUCAGAGAAAUUUGGAAUCUAUAGACCCACAGUUUACAAUUCGGAGGAAAAUGGAACAGAUGAGAGAAGAGAAGGAACUGGUGGAACAGCUCCGUGAGAGCAUCGAGAUGAGACUCAAGGUCAGCCUGCACGAAGACCUGGGGGCCGCACUCAUGGACGGUGUGGUUCUCUGCCACCUGGUCAAUCACAUCCGCCCGCGAUCAGUUGCAAGCAUCCACGUCCCCUCGCCAGCAGUUCCCAAACUUAGCAUGGCCAAAUGCAGAAGAAAUGUGGAAAACUUUUUGGAAGCAUGCCGAAAAUUAGGAGUACCAGAGGCCGACCUCUGCUCUCCGUAUGACAUCCUGCAGUCGGACUUUCAUCACAUUCGAAAGACUGUUGACACUCUGCUGGCACUUGGGGAGAAACCCCCACCACCAACUUCUGCCCUCCGCUCCAGGGACCUUCUAAGCUUCUGUCUUGUCCAUAUUCUCUUUAUAGUGCUGAUCUAUAUCACUUACCGCUGGAAUGCUCUGUCCGCCUAACGCCUGCAUGUGCGCCCACACUCCCUCUGCCAUGUCACCCUGAUCCAUCGCAGGCCCCUUCCGCCAUCUGAGCCUUUGCCUGACCAACUCCCCUCCCUGUCAUCUCUUGAGUGAUCUCUGGAGUUCUGAAGCCGGACAUUACGCGUCCGAUUUUCCCAAAGCACAAACUAUUUCAUAGAAUGCAGUUGCCAUUAAAGAAUUUCUCCCACUUACUGGAAGACAGCGACCUGUGUAUCUAGACCUCACGCUUUCUCAUUCCCAUAGUGCCGGCAGCAGUGCACUGCAGUUCUUCUCUCUCCCAGGGAGCUCCUCUGCCCUGGAAGAGCGGAAGAUUCUAGAACAGGAGCAGAGGGGAUUUAGGGUAUGGAAAUCUUUCCUUUGGGUCAGUGUCAGAUCCUAAUUCGGGACUGGGCAAUUGUGUAGAAGGGCUACCUUGCAGAGGAGACAGAAAACUGGCAUUUGGGGCCCUAUUUGGCCUAUUAAAGUCUUUAGCAAUACCAUUAUUGACCAAGUUGAAAAAUGCCAUCGGCAAAUGACUGCUUUGCUGGCCAUGCAGUUGGCUUCCUCCCUGUUGCUUGCCAUGGGAGCUGUGAGGGGCACCAGGGAGCAUUGCUGCCCACUUCCACAGGGAGGAAGCCCCUCUGCCCUGCCCUGCCACAUGAGACCUAGCUGUGCAGGGGGUCGCUGGAAGGAGGGUCCAUCGCUGUUAGAGCGCCACCUGGAGGAUUCGUUUGCACAUCACUUGGUGCAUAUUUUUACUUUUUGCUCCGUUAGGUCUACUCUGAGCUUUUAGGAAAGCAUUUUCCAGAAGGGAUUUAUAUUUUUAAAUAAUGUAAUGGGUCGUUUCUCUUUUUUGCUACAUCACAUCAUAACUUCAGGUCAAGAAUGUGAUGGAUUUAACUGUAUUUGCUUUCAAAUAAAGCCAUGAGUCAUGGAACAUCUUGGCCCUAGCACUUGGGUUACUUUGGCAGAAGCCAACAAUAAGAACACUCUUAUUUUAGAAGAAUGUAGUGUCCCUAAUGACUUGAAAUGUCUAUUUAGCCUUUGUUUUCCAGUGACAUUAGCAAGCUGCUUCUACCUUAAGUGAGCUUACAGGAUUAUAUAUAGUUAAUAUAUAACUUUUGGAGCAAUGUGAUCAGUUUAUAACUAAAAGAAAAAACCCACUAGAAUCUUUUCUUGGCCAAGAUAUUCCUGGUUCUGGGAUGUCUUUCUCUAAUAUGAGAACGUCCUGCCCCAUGGUUCAGACAGCUUCCCCUAGGCUUCGCAUUACAUCCGGUUGCCAAAUACUGUUUCUUAAAUUUGGGAGAUGAUGACAUUAACUUCCUCAAGAUAAAUUUCUAGUUUACUCAGAUGCAAACGGUCUACAUCAAUGGCUUCUAAGAAGAUAAUUUUAUUUUUCUGAAUGUUUCCAUGAAUCCAGGGAACUUGAGAAUAUGGAAGAACCACACAGAAAAGUAUAUUUAUAAAUAUUCUUUGUUGCUAAAUUAUAUUUUCUAAUGGGAAUAUUCUUUACAUAAGAAUACCUUGAGUUACCUGAGCUGUUCCCUCCUGAUUUUGUGUGGAUCGGUGAAAUACAGGGUAUGCAGACGCCAUUUAGCUAACCUCGGCUGUGUAUAAAUAACCCACAGAUGUACUGAAUUGCUUUGGUGCUAUCUUGUACUCUUCAAUCUGUAACACAAUAAAAGCCCUUUGUGCAAAGCCUAAUGAGCACCCUGAGCCAUAAGUUGUUUAAUAAACACAUUGCGGGUGAUUAUUCCAGGUUCCAAUCAGCCCAUUGAUGCCCUGACCUGUGCCUCCACCCCCCACCCCAGAGCAGCUCUCUGGGUCUCCACCCAGCUCUGCAGUGCACUGUGGCUUCCCUUAAUGAUCCCUGUUUGGGUUUUUUUUCUUCUUCUUCUUCUUCUUUGGGAGGGGUGGGGGGCAAAAGGGAAGAAGAGUUAUGACUUACAGGGUGGCACUUCAAAGAAAAUUCUAUCGAUAAAAACCGAGUAGAGCAAUCAUGUGAGAUCAGAUUUAAUUUUCAGUGCUGACUUGAUGGCAUUCUUAGGCUGUGUUCAUAUUUCAGUCCUGGCAUCAAAGGAUCCUUUGGAUGCGCUUUCAUUUCUCAUGCCAUUAAUGUGUCUGUUCCCUAAUGUGCUGCUCCUCUUGGGAUUUGUGGGGUGGUAUAUUUUUUUUUCAAUCAAGUGGUAUGGUAACUAGCAGAACACAAUUAAUUUAGCCCUUUAGGCAAAACUUGGAAUGAACUGUCUUGCCCAUUGUCAGGCUGUUCAUUUCUAUUUAGAAUAUUAAGCUUCUCCACGGUUCUUCCCUGAGGUACCCGCACACCAACCCAUAUGCUCGCAUGAGGCCCGCCAUUACAACGUGACUGGGGAUGUAAGCUGACGUGUGUGUCAUCUGAGCGGUGGGCAGGGAUUUAGUUCCAUGAUUUAUAUGUGCAUCCUAAAUCUCCUUCCUCACACAAGAAGAACCAUUUUUCCAGUACCUUCAGUGCCUGAUAAAAGGAACCCAUUGUUUAUUUAUGUUCUGUCAUUGAGAUAGAAAGAUCUAUUUGAAAGAGAAAGUUCUCUUUCUCCAGCUCCUCCAACUGGUGACAGCUCGCCCCUCAGUAUAAGGAUUUCCACAAUAUGUCACAGCUAAUAUCUAUUCAUUCCCUCUAUUUAUGGAUUUAUGAUUCACAUGUGGCUCAGUGUUCACUCACGGA